AUGAAGGGUGACCAAGAACUACAAGUCAUCGGCCAAGCAGUUGCUACAAUUCUCGGCAGACUAUACUAUGAAAAUGGAGGAAGCAGCAAAUGGCUAGCAACGGUAAUUCAAGUUGUGGGCUUUCCUGUUCUACUUCCAUAUUAUCUCUUGUCAAUCAAAACACAUAAAACGAAAACUCAGAGAGAUGGCAAAACAACCUCACUUCGGAACCGUGUAUCGGUUUACGCAGUUCUUGGACUUCUUGUAGGAGCAAACUGCUACCUAUACUCCAUCGGACUACUUUACCUACCUGUUUCCACCUUCUCCCUGAUCUGUGCAUCUCAGCUAGCUUUCAACGCUUUCUUCUCUUAUUUCCUCAACUCCCAAAAACUUACUCCAAUCAUUUUGAAUUCUCUUUUGCUCCUGACUAUAUCUUCCACCCUCCUUGCAUUCAAUAAUGAGGAAUCAAAGUCCACGAAAGUUACAAAAGGAGAGUAUGUCAGAGGUUUCAUAUGCACUCUUGGUAUGUCUGCUGGGUAUGGUCUAUUCUUAUCCCUACAACAGGUAGCUUUUCGUAAAGUACUAAAGAAGCAAACGUUCUCAGAAGUUAUGGACAUGAUGAUUUACGUGAGUCUAGUGGCCAGUUGUGUUACUAUGGUGGGGCUUUUCGCUAGCAGCGAGUGGAAAACUUUGAGCAGUGAAAUGGAAAACUUCAAGCUUGGGAAGGUAUCUUACACUAUGAACCUAGUGUGGACAGCUAUUACCUGGCAGGUUUUCGGCAUCGGUGGCACUGGACUGAUCUUCGAGCUUUCCUCUCUGUUUUCAAAUUCAAUAAGCGUUUUGGGACUUCCCGUGAUUCCUAUCCUGGCUGUAAUCAUUUUCCAUGACAAAAUGAAUGGGUUAAAGGUGAUUUCUAUGAUCCUAGCUAUUUGGGGUUUCACAUCCUAUCUCUACCAACAAUAUCUUGAUGAAAAAAACUUGAAGCAAAGUCAGGGGAGCCCAACAAGAGAAUCAGCAGAAGCAGAAGUGUCAAGUGCGCAAUCAAAAUAA